GGGAGCCAUUGGGCAAGGCGCCUGGCGCCCCGGUGACGCCACCAGGGCGCGCGGCCGUGACGUGCCCGCGCGGAGCCGCCGGAAGCGCUGCCCGGAGCGGGGAGAGCUGGAAGCGGCGGCAGUGUACAUGAAGCUUGAGAUCUGAAUCUGCUAUGACUGACCCAGACGUCCUCACUGAGGUCCCAGCAGCUCUCAAACGCCUUGCCAAAUAUGUGGUGCGUGGCUUUUAUGGCAUUGAACAUGCUUUGGCUCUGGACAUUCUCAUCAGGAACCCCUGCGUGAAGGAAGAGGACAUGUUAGAGCUCCUGAAGUUUGAUAGGAAGCAGUUGCGGGCUGUCCUCAAUACCCUCAAGGGUGACAAGUUCAUCAAAUGCAGGAUGAGGGUAGAGACAGCUCCAGAUGGGAAAACCACCCGUCAUAACUACUACUUCAUUAACUACCGCCUUCUGGUUAAUGUGGUGAAGUACAAGCUGGACCACAUGAGGAGGAGGAUUGAGACGGAUGAAAGAGACUCGACCAAUCGCGCCUCUUUUAAAUGUCCCAUUUGCUUCAGCACUUUCACAGACUUGGAGGCCAACCAGCUCUUUGACCCCAGGACAGGAACUUUCCGCUGUACUUUCUGUGAGACUGAAGUGGAAGAAGAUGAGUCAGCCAUGCCCAAAAAGGAUGCAAGGACACUCGUGGCAAGAUUUAAUGAGCAGAUCGAGCCCAUCUAUGCGCUGCUUCGUGAGACAGAAGACGUUAACCUAGCCUAUGAGAUCCUGGAGCCAGAACCCACAGAGAUUCCUGCCCUGAAGCAGAGCAAGGAGCGUGCAGCUGGAACUGGCUCGGGGACAGCAGCUGGCCUUGCAGGUGGACACCAUCGGGAAGCAUGGUCUACAAAGGGACCAUCAUACGAGGACUUGUAUACCCAGAACGUUGUCAUCAACAUGGAAGACCAGGAAGAUCUUAACCGGUCUGCAAGUGAAGGAAAGCCAGCCAGAGAGAGGCCAAUUUGGCUACGGGAGAGCACGGUGCAGGGAGCGUAUGACCCUGAUGAAAUCAAAGAUGGGAGCCGGGAUCUGGGUGCCUUCCAGGAGCGUGAGGAGGGCCGGGCAGCUCUGGAUGAUAACGAGGAGGUGAUGCGUGCCCUGCUUAUCCACGAGAAGAAGACGCCUUCUGCUUCAACAGUCACCGUCGGAGGUGCUGCUCCUCUCUCUGGUGCCAACGCUAGUGACUCCGAGAGUGAGACAAGUGAGUCAGAGGAGGAAUCCCCUCCCCGCCCUCCCACCACGGCCACCACAACAUACGGGCUGGAGGAUGAGGAUGAAGAUGAAGAGUUUGAGGUGGUGGCAGAAGACCCCACUGUCACAGUGGCUGGGCGUCCACACUCAUACAGCCAAGUGAGCCAGCGCCCUGAGCUGGUGGCCCAGAUGACGCCAGAGGAAAAAGAGGUUUACAUAGCCAUGGGGCAGCGCAUGUUUGAGGACAUGUUUGAUUAACUGCUUCCUGCCGUGGCGUCUUUUAAAAACUGACUUUUUCAAGCCAGAGUGUCCCUAGUAGAACAGAAGACUGACACGCACCUUUCAUCCCCUGUGCGCAGGGACCCUGGGGCUUGGGACUGCUAAUCUCAGGCAUCGUGCUCACCAGUGCAGGGGAGCCGGGCACUGCGCGUGCCAAAACAGGUAGGGGAGGACAAGCCUCAGCAGUGAGGAUGCUUGCAAGGUAAAAAUCUGCUUUGGGGUGCCCUCCCCCAAUUGCUUGGAGCUGAUUUUUUUUGCAGAUCCUAGUGAAAUCCACAUCCCUGCCCUCAGAGGACAGAAGGGCUCCGUAGUCUGGUGAGAGCGCUCUGCAGAGGAGGGCUUAAGUCACGUUACAGCUGCCUGUGCUCAGCGAGGGGAGAGGGAAGGACUCGUCUGCCGAUGGCGAGCUUGGGCAGCACUUGCAGCUGCCCUACCAGCACCGCUGCCCACCAGAGCAGCUAUUUCUAAGCAGACCUGUGGGCAGCCACCUUUUCAUGCUCCUGUUCGCUCCUUACUAGGUCUCAGCACCUCAAGUAACUAGAAAGAUGCCGAGUGAAAGCCUUGGCAGGCACACACAGCUGCUCUUCGUUCGUGGUUCUGAGCUGUCAGAGCGCUCUGACUUGUCAGGGGACGCUCUCGAUUUCCAGUAUUGCUGCCUGUUGUGUCUGCCUCGCCCUGUCCGAACUCCAGCGUUGCAGAUGGUUCGUAGUGGGCAGGGCUGCGGUCAGGCAGUGCCAGAGAAAUGGCAUAGCUAGUUGUUCUUUGCAGUCACACCAGGGCCAUAUCAUUUUAAGGAAUUAUGCAAUUUUGAAUUCUGCAGUUUUGAAUUCUGCUUUGGCACGCUCUUUCACCAUAGAAAAAUAUUUAUCAGUGCCUACAGAGCAAUAUCAUAUUUUUAAUGUUUCUCUCUUCCAGUUGAAAAUGUUGCUUUUUAAAAUUGUUGUGUUUUCCUAUCCCGUACUACAAUAAAACAAAAUGACAAAAUAAUUUUUCAUGACAGAGGGUAGGGGCAGAUCACAUGCUGUUCCAUUUACAUGGGCACCAUGAAUUUGCUGUUCACUGAGACUGUAAAUCUGUUUUAUACUAACUAUGCUUUCUAUGCUCUGCUAACCUUGUAAUGCCUCCUUUGUGGUUUUAUUUUCAGCUUCUCGAUAUUUUGAAUCCCCUCUUUUUUUUAAAUAGUGUUUUACAUUUCCUUUUAAGUAAUUUUAAAGAGGAAUAAAUAAACAGAAAUUUC